AAAGCUGUGUAUUUAUUUCUGUUGCGAUGUAAUAUCUGUAAUAUGAAGAAGGAUUUACAGGACAAACUCUUCCGCUAUGUUAAAGAAGGAAGAAUCAAACGUAUUCGUUCUAUUAUGAAUAAGAACAAAGACAUCAUCCUUGAUGAAAUUCUUGACUCAAGAAGACGGACCAYAUUGCACAUUGCUUGUCUUUUGGGAGAAGAUGCGAUGGCGAAAGAGUUGAUAAAUUGUGGCGCUAGUGUCGAUGUUAAGGACUCACAGGGAAAUACUCCUCUUCAUCUUGCACUACAUCAUGCUUUACAAGUGUUGACAGACAUAAUUUAUCAAGAUCUAGUAGAACCGUUAUGGCAGCAUGCUCCAAGGCAUCUACUUCGUGUGCCCAACGAUGAUGGCGAAACGCCGAGAAAGUUAAGAAAGAAAUUUAAAUGGGAGCUAAGAAAACGACGACAAGAUAGACAGAUUUACGAAGAGGAAGAAGARAGAGUUCGUGAAGAUCUUCGCAAUACGAAAGAAUGGCAAGAAAAGUUGUUUUUUGAGUUAGGAAAUGACGAGRUGGAGGAAUUAUUCGCUAAUAACAURACCGAUUGUCAAUUUACAGAAGAAACAUACGACCAAUGGGCUGACAGAAUCGCAGAUGAAAGACAUAGAAAAUACUAUGCACAUACUAGAACUAAUAAAACCGAGGACGAAACAUCGAAAAAAGAAAAUAAAGACCGAGAGGCGAGUGAAAGAACUCGCUUGCUACAAGAACAACACGAAGAAUAUGUGAAGGAAAUGUCUCGUAGACGAGCAGAACGCAAAACAGCAGUUCUCAAAACACAAUACGAAUCCCAAUGUAAUUCUGUGUUUGUGAAAAAUGAUAUUAAACAUUUAAGAUACAAUGAUAUUCCUUGGCCUUGUAAAGGAGAGGUUAAGGACAUGGUUAAGUUCAUUCAGGCAUGGAGUGAAGGUGAAACGGACAGGAAAAGAUUCCUCAGAGAUCAGCAAGUGCGAUGGCAUCCUGACAGGUUCCUGCAGAAAUGUGGGGAUAGACUUGAURAUACUGAUAGGGACACAAUAUUGACAGCUGUCAAUCAACUGUCACAGGGAAUCAAUGCAUUGAAUGAAAGUGAAUAGCUCACGGUCAAUCCCAUUAACAAUGUCAAAAAGUCAUCUUCUUUUAGCGCUGGAUGAUUUGAACAAUUGUGACCAGGUGAAAUACAAACACUUUUUACAGCUUUACUGGUAAUUACUGACUUUAUUAUUUCCAACAAACAGCAAGAAACAGUGCAAAAAUAUAAGAAACAUUUCAUUAGAUCUGUUAAUGUUAAAAGGUUUACUAUCAACAAUUAAAAAGAUGCCUUGAAUAAACAGCGCAACCAAACCACAAGUAAUGAAAUAAACAGUAUAUAAUACUAGCAAACAUAAUGUUACUCAUUAUCUUAUAAAAACAUGUCACUUUGCAAUUACUCUAAUAUAGUGGCAUGUCCAAGUGACAACAAGAACACAACUUUGUGCGAGGCUCAUAUUUUCAAUACUUUAUACAUGUAUGACUGACUGUACAUACAUAGAGGGGAUUUCAUAUGACUGUGCAAYKGCACAGAUCACAACACAACGCAGAUCACCUAGGAUUCCAAAUGAAAAUAAAGAUUUAACAAUACAUCACCACUACGACACGGUACGGUCACAGCACGAAAAUAGUGUUUUUUGCACAGUCAUACGAAAUCUGCUCUUAGUACCCAGGUACUUGUACAUUGCUGGUAUAUCUCAGCACUGAGCUGAUAUACAGCGAGUAAGAGUUUUUAGACUUCCCAUAUAUGGGCAAUGAAGCUAGUACCCUGCAUUUUAAGCAUGACUACCAGCUUCAGAGCUAAAGCAGUUGUGCAUUAAAAAUCUCUAAUAUAGAUGUACAAUGAGCCAAGAGAUAUUUUCACUGGUUUAUUACACUUUUUCAUACACAUCAAAGUACUAACUAUAAUUACAUGAUACAUAACAGAACAUUGAGUAAAAUGUUGAAAU